AUGAGCAAGCCGAAGCGCGGGCAGGGGUCGAUCCCUCGCCGGCCGACAGCUCCCACCGAGGGCAGCGGCUCCGCCGGGCCGGGCCGGGCCGGGCUGGGUGCAGAGGCGGGAGAGAGCGCAGCCUCCUCUGCAGCCGCCCGCAGCACACUGACGGUGCGGAGCGGCGAGCAGGCGGGGCUGCCGCUGCCGCUGCCGGAGCCCCGCGGGGUGGAGCGGGCGAGCGGCCUGGCUCUCGGGCUCCCUCACCCGGCCGGACGCUCUGGAGACCCGUCAGAUGAGCCACUCCGACCCCGGGCCAAUCAGAGGACGGGGCCUCCGCCCAGCUGCCCAGUCAAGCGCAAGUACCUGGCGGAGACGGGCGGAACUGACAAAUCAGUGGAAGGGAGAGGCUACAAAUCUGAGGGUCGCCAUUGGCCGGAUCUGAAAGACGGAGAGAAGGCCUCCAAGCUGGAGGAAGGCUUUGGCCUAGUGCGGCAGGCUCGGUGUUGCCAUGGGUACGAGCGUCCAGUGAGCCCAUCCUCUGAUGAGCCUCUGGCCCUGAUCAAGAAGCAGCCCGGAGUCAGCAGAGAGACAGUCACCUUGCAGGGUCCCAGCACGGUGCAACAGACCCGCCCCUCUGUCAUCACCCACGCCUCGUCCAAUCAGCACCGCGGAGGGAAAGUGGAAGCUGAGCUCAACCCAUCACAGCAGAGGGGAGACUCUCAACCCGCUGACGCAUCGACCAAUGCCGCCUGCGAUGCCGUGGUGGAGGAGCACUUCCGGAGGAGCCUCGGGGCGAGUUACCAGCAGCCGGUCCCGCCCUCCAUCUCCGUCUCCGAGUCGGUGGACGCGCACUUUGCCAAGGCGCUGGGAGACAGGUGGAUGCAGGUGCAGGCGGCUGGGAGAUCCAUCCCUGAGGGAUCGCAGCCCGAAAGCGCAGACGCGCCAUCAGCCUCCCUCCCCUAGAGCCAACUGCAAAC